UGUACAAGACAUACCUGUAACCAUAGAACCAAAUAGAGAAACAGAACCAAUCUCUGUGGAAACGGUUAGUCUGUUACAAUCGACUAAUGAAUUAGUCAAAACAGAAGUAACUGCAGAGCUUGUUUCUGAUAUGGAACAGUCAGCAACAACAUUACUUGAUUCAGAAAACAAGGCAACAGAACUAAGAAUUGAAAAAAAUACCAUUUCAGAGCCACUGACAGUGGAACUUACUACGGUACCAGCUAUGGAUACAGGUGAUGUCAUAAUAACAGAAACGGCUAUUUUAGAAACAUCAAAAGAAAUAACUGACAACAUCCCAUUGAUAGAAAAUGUCAAUGUUACCGAAAGCACAACGGCAGAUUCAGCUGCAAUAAUUACAGAGCAAACUAUAGUAGACACAACUAUUGUAUUAGAAUCCUUAAGUGAUUUGGAAAAAAACAUUGUCACUGAAAAAACUGAUGUAGUUGAAGUAAGCAGUGAUUUAAACGAAAUUGCUAUCAAUGAAACUCCAACACAUUUGGGUGCACAAGAACCUACAAUGGAAACUGCAAUGGAUAUAGACAAAGCGAUUGUAACGGAAACAGGUGCUUUUGCAUUAGCACAUGAAUUAUUAGAUAUCACAGAAAAUAGAACAGUUACAGCACAGGCAAUUGUAGAUACACCUACUGUAUUACAAUCUGUAAGUUAUUUGGAAAAAAUGGAUGUCACUGAAAUUACUAAUACUAUUGAAGCAAUAAAAGAUUUGAAUCAGUCUACUGGCGAAGAAACUCCUACCAAGGCACAAUUAGAUCUUGUAGAACCUAUUACAGAAUCUACUAUGCAUACAGAUAUACAGGAAACAGCUGUUUUAGAAACAACAAAUGAUUUAGUGGGUGACACGUCGUCAAAAGCUGUGCUCAAUAUCACAGAAAGCCAAAUAAUUACAGAGCAAGUUACAGUAGAUACCACUACUGCAUUAAAGUCUGUGACUGACUUAGACAAUAUAGAAGUGGUUCAGACUACUGUAUCUAUUGAUAAAAGCGCUGAUUCAAAUCAAGCUACUGCUACAGAAACUCUGACAUCUGUUGUACCAGAACCGAGCAAGGAAACUACUAUAGAUACUGAUAAAGUAAACGUAACUGAUAAAAUUUUAGCUUUAGAAACAACAAAUGAAUUGGAAGAUGUAUCAUUGAAGAUGCAUAAUAUCGCAGAAAAUAUCGAAAUCACAGAUCAGACAGUAAUUGGUGAAACACCGACAAUAUUAGAAUCUGUGGAUGACAUGAAAAAAUUAGAAAUCACUGAAACAGCUGAUAUUAUUGAAGCAAACAUUGAUUUGAAUCAUGCUACUAUAGAAACUCCGACUAUGGUACUAGAUGUAGUAGAACCUAGUGUGGAGACUACUAUGGAUACAGAGAAAAUAAUUCUUACGGAAACAGCUGCGCUAGAAACAACUUAUGAUUUAGUAGAUGGCAUGUCAUUGAUAGAGAAACACAAUGCCACUGUAAUCGAUACACCUAUAAUUACAGAACAAUCUAUUGUAGAUACACCUACUGCAUUCGAAUCUGUAACUGAUUUGGAAAAUAUGAGUGUUCUUGAAACAAAUCCUGAUGCAGUUAAAGUGACUACUGACUUGGCUCAGGCUACUAUAAUAGAAACUUCCACCAUGGUAGAUAAAGUUGAUGAAAAAGUAAUAAGUGAUGACGAAUUGUCUAAUGUCAAACAGACUGUUACGGACCUAAUUCAAGAAGCUGUCGAGAAAGCACUCGAAGUUGUGGAAACAGCAACAGAUCUACAAGAAAUAACUUCAGCCUUAGACACGCCAAUUUUGACGGACACGGAUGGUAAAGCAGAACCAGUUUUAGCCAUGUCGGCUCCCGUUUUACAAUCUCCUUUAUCAACCGACGAAGCAGUGACAGAGAUUUCAGAAAUCUUGGCAGCUACUACCGAUUUGUUAGAAAACGUGGAUUUAGUUGAAUAUAACAAUGUCACUGAAGAAACUAUUAAUAAGGAACAAAUCAUAGUAGAGUCACCCACUAUUUUACAAUCAGCUGCUGAAAUGGAAAACAAAGUUACGUUUGAACAACCCAAUGUAGUAGAAACACCACAAGAUUUGAUAGAAAAAGUCGCUAUUCAUGAGGCUCAUACUAUGUCAGAUUCUGUCAUAGAUACUGAAUUAACAAAUGAAAAUGUAUCUGAUAUUAAGGAAAGUGUUACUGAUUUGAUAAAAGAAGCUGUUGAUCAGGCAUGCCAUAUUACAGAAUCGCCAGUGGAAGUACAAGAACAAGUUUCUGAAGCGUCAUCAUUAGAAAUAGGCUCCACAUCUGUUUUGAAAUCUCCUACAGAGUCGGAUCAUAUUGUUACACCCGAAACUGUGGAUGCGUUAGAAACUACUGCGAAUCUGUUAGAAAAUGUGACUGAAGUCGAACCAGUCACUCUUGCAGCAAGCAAUAUACAUGAACAACAGAUUGUUAUUGAAUCACCCACUAUUUUACAAUCAGUUGCAGAAAUGGAAAAAGAAGUGACGUUCGAACAACCCGAUGUUGUAGAAUUACCACAUGAAUUGAUAGAAAAAGUCACUGUACAUGAGACUCCUACUAUAUCAGACGCUGUCAUUGAUACUGAACUAACAGAUGAAAAUAUAUCUGAUAUUAAGGAAUAUGUUACUGAUUUCAUACAAGAAGCUGUUGAUCAGGCAUGCCAUAUUACAGAAUCACCAAUGGAAGUACAUGAACAAGUUUCUGAAGCGUCACCAGUAGAAAUAGACUCUACAUCCGUUUUGAAAUCUCCUAUAGAGUCGGAGCAUAUCGUUACACCCGAAACUGUGGAUGCGUUAGAAACUACUGCGAAUCUGUUAGAAAAUGUGACUGAAGUCGAACCAGUCACUCUUGCAGCAAGCAAUAUAAAUGAACAACAGAUUGUUAUUGAAUCACCCACUAUUUUACAAUCAGUUGCAGAAAUGGAAAAAGAAGUGACGUUCGAACAACCCGAUGUUGUAGAAUUACCACAUGAAUUGAUAGAAAAAGUCACUGUACAUGAGACUCCUACUAUAUCAGACGCUGUCAUUGAUACUGAACUAACAGAUGAAAAUAUAUCUAAUAUUAAGGAAUAUGUUACUGAUUUCAUACAAGAAGCUGUUGAUCAGGAACGCCAUAUUACAGAAUCACCAAUGGAAGUACAUGAACAAGUUUCUGAAGCGUCACCAGUAGAAAUAGACUCUACAUCCGUUUUGAAAUCUCCUAUAGAGUCGGAGCAUAUCGUUACACCCGAAACUGUGGAUGUGUUAGAAACUACUGCGAAUCUGUUAGAAAAUGUGACUGAAGUCGAACCAGUCACUCUUGCAGCAAGCAAUAUACAUGAACAACAGAUUGUUAUUGAAUCACCCACUAUUUUACAAUCAGUUGUAGAAAUGGAAAAAGAAGUGACGUUCGAACAACCUGUUGUUGAAGAAUUACCACAUGAAUUGAUAGAAAAAGUCACUGUACAUGAGACUCCUACUAUAUCAGACGCUGUCAUUGAUACUGAACUAACAAAUGAAAAUAUAUCUGAUAUUAAGGAAUGUGUUACUGAUUUGAUACAAGAAGCAGUCGAACAAGCAGGCCAUAUUAUAGAAUCACCAACAGUAGUACAAGAAAAAGUUUCUGAAGCGUCACCGGUAGAAAUAGAAUCCAUAUCUGUUUUGAAAUCUAGUACAGAGUCGGAGCAUGUUGUUACACCCGAAACUGUAGAUGUGUUAGAAAGUACUGUAAGUUUGUUAGAAAAUGUGACUGACGUCGAACCACUCACUCUUACAGCAAACAAUAUAAACGAGGAACAAAUUAUCAUUGAAUCACCGACUGUAUUACAAUCCACGACUGAUAUAGAUAAAAUGGGUGAUAUAGAAGCAUCUAACGCCACAAUAACGUCAAUAAAUACAUUGGACAACGCGUCUGUUGUACUCGUAGAAUCAGUAUCUAUUUUAGAGCCUACCGCUGAACAAUUAGUGAUAGAUGCAUCUAUCCAGGCUACUGCAGUGGUCACAGAGGAAGGUUUUGAUAAGCAACAAGCUGACAGUGAUUCUUCAAUUAUUGUUCAUGACAGCUCGAAUUUAGAUAAAGAUAGCGCAGCUCCGGCGGAACCUAAGAAAGACAAAUUUGAAUCAGUAGCUUCACCACAAACGACAGAUACUUUGAAAACCGCCGAUUUUGAACAGGAAUUAGAUAUACCAGUAGAAAUUAUUGAAAUCCGGCCAGAAGAGGGUAUCAAAAAACCAAUUGAAACGGCCACUCUUGUUCAACAUAUAGACGAGCUAACUUCAGCUUCUAUUGCCGAAACCGUGGAGGUUCUAUCGAAAGUUAUUGAUGUCACUGAACUUAAGAGUCAAUAGCAGUCGCGAAUGAAUUAAAGGAUAGCUUCACUGAAGUAGAAAAUGUUAGAACGGAAGAAGUUUCAAAAGAACAGGCCAAAUUGGUUGAAAAACUUCAAGGAGCUUUAGAAGCUUUCCAAGCUAUUGUCGUAGAAAAUACCGAGAACAUUGCUCAAAAUUUGGAUGUGAACGAAUGGGCCAAAGUAAGCGAAGUUGUAACACAUUUACAAGAUGAUUUGGCUAGAGCAACUA